AUGCCAAUCAGGGUCAAUUUACAUUCAAUUACGGGAAAGUGUCUGGGAUUGGGAUCCUAUGAUGAGCUCCAGUCCCGGGGCUUAGACUUCAUGUCUAUUCUCAGCGAUCAGGAGAGAGAAGCGGACGAUAAGGCAGUCGCACAUCAAAGGGAUCUAAUUGUGCGGACAAUAUCUUCGGAUACGGCUGACUAUAGCGAAGGGUCGGUCGAGGAGUUCAAAAACAAUAAACCGAUUACUGGACCAAAAAUAUGCGACGAAAAUCGAGAGAUUGGAUCGAUUGAGGGUCGGGUGUAUUGGGAGUACAUAAAAGCAGGCGCCGGACCCCUACUGUUUAUUCUUACUUUCAUGUCAACGAUAGUAUCGCAGGUUAUAUUAAGUGCCUCCCAAUUAUUUCUGUCAAGAUGGACUGAGAAAUUCCAGGACAAGACAUACCAGCAAAUUAAUCAUAGUGAUCAGAAUAGGGAUGCCAUCAUAUAUUCGACACUAAUUGCAGCCCUAUUUGUGACAGUAUUAAUCCGAGUAAUCACGUGGUUCAUGAUGUGUAUGCGGGCAUCCGUGAAUCUCCACAACAGUAUAUUCUAUACUCUAUUACGGACUCCCAUAUCAUUCUUUGACAACAACCCCGUCGGGCGUAUAUUAAACCGAUUUACUAAAGACAUGGGAACAGUAGACGAAAGACUGCCCUCAGUUGGAUACGAGCUGAACAUGGCGUUAACUGAAAUAAUAGGUAUUGUUGUUGUGGUGGCGAUAGUAAAUCCAUACCUGACAACAGCGGCACUGUUUUUGUUCAUAGUUGCUUUAUUGGUGAGAGUUGUGUACAUUAAAGCAGCGAGAGAUAUACGUAGACAUGAGGGUAUCGCUAGAAGUCCGGUUUACACACAUGUAAGCACAACGCUGAACGGGUUGGCCAGUGUUCGGGCCUAUGGAGCGCAGGUAGAGUUUGAGAAGCAGUACACAAUUUACCAGGAUGAUCAUACGGCCAUGUGGUUUAUGUAUUUAUGCACAACCCGUAUGUUAGCCAUUGUUAUGGACUGGUUUAGUGUCGUGUAUUUAGUGAUUGUUUCGGUAGUAUUAAUGGUGUUUUAUGAAGGGAUUGGCGGUGGAAGUGCUGGACUGGCCCUGUCUUCAGCACUAAUGUUACCGGGAAUGGCUUAUUGGGGCGUAAGGCAGUCGGCGGAGUUGGAGAAUGAGAUGACUUCAGUCGAGCGCAUCAUUGAGUACUCAAAACUACCACAAGAGGCGGCCCUCACAGCACAUGAUAGCCGUAAACCCCCUCCCGAUUGGCCACAGAAGGGAGAGAUAGAGCUCAAGGAUAUGAGUUUGUGUUACGAGGGAUCAGACAAACCGGUGCUCAAGAACUUGAAUUGUGUUAUAAAGAGUGGAGAGAAGAUAGGGAUCUGUGGGCGGACGGGCGCCGGCAAGUCGUCCAUCAUAUCAGCGCUGUUUCGUAUGGUUGAGCCAAAGGGGAAGAUAGUUAUGGACGGCAUUAACACGGGAUCUAUAGGUUUGCAUGAAUUGCGGUCAAAGAUCUCAAUCAUACCUCAAGAGCCGGUGGUCUUCACGGGAACCGUUAGAAAAAAUUUGGAUCCUUUCGGAGAAUACAGCGAUCAAUCGAUUUGGAGUGCUUUAGAAGAGGUGCAGCUGAAGGGGGUGGUGGGGGACCUCCCGGGCCAGUUGGCCGAAGGGGGCGCUAAUUUGAGUGUAGGUCAGAGGCAGUUGGUAUGUCUGGCGCGGGCUAUACUGCGGCACAAUAGG